AUGGAGGCCCUGCUGGCUUCCUUUUUGCACGGAUCUGUCAGUCGUAUCAUCACCAUCGGCUUUGGCAUUCUGUUUGAUUUGGUUCAUGAUAUCUACGGAUGA